GGUGUUAUAAUUAUGUAACGACUUAAUGUACAGUAUGUGGAUUGUCUUCUACUCUAGUGAGUGCGGAAUAAACCCGCGUUGACAGGAUUUGACUACUUUAAAUUUUUUGUGAUCAAGGACUUUGUCCUAGUGACUAGUUCUCACCAAAACAACCAAGGUGACCAUUUCUUUCUCUUUCCCUAGAGAAAACAACCUGAAUUUUGAGUUGAUCGAGAUCAGUUGUGGAGACAUGACUGUUUGUUAAAGGACUCUGCAAGCUUCACCAAUGACUAUUCCCCAUGUGUCUUCAAAUGGGAUGUGGUAGAAGUAAACCGCACUUACACCACGAGUCCAGCGACGAGACAGAGUCUGAUUCCCACAAAAAAAGCAAGCACAAGAAAUCCCUCAGCAAGAAUGACAAGUGUGUGUGCAACCCAGGAAACAAAGUGGGUGACACCAAGGAGAACAAUGACUCCUCAAAGCCAGCACCAAACAAACGGAAAGAUUCUGGAAUGUUCAAGCUGCCACAAAAAGGUUCCGGAGCUUUAUCUUCUAAUGGAGUCCAGAAGGUGACACAGGGACUGGAUCUUAAGAAAUCCAAACUUGAUAAUGGUGUGCCAAAUAUAACUCAACCAAAAGUCAGGGUAACAAAUAGUCAGCUAGACUUCUUCAGAAUGUUGGAUGAAAAAAUUGAGCAGGGUAGGGAUUAUGAAACAGAUGAGGAAUCGGAAAUAGCCAAUGAAAACGAAAAGCUGUCCAACGGACAGGAUUAACUAUUGUUUUGUUGUGUGUAUAUUGUCGCUGGAUAACAGAUUUAGUCAUGGAGUGGGGAGAAGAAAUUCCAUUCUGUGAUAAAACCAUGUCUUUUAUUUUAUGUAAAUGGCAGAAUGCAGUAUGCAAAAAUUCAUUGGUGGAAACCCUUAGACUUGAGUUAAUUGACAAAAUUUGGUGAUUUGUUCAUAAAAACUUUAUUUUAUUCACAUCAAGCAGAGGACUGAUUGAUCAAAGUAAGAUAUUACUAAAUGGCUCAUUUGAACAAUUAUAUAUAGUAUAUUAUAUUGUACUGAAUGACCAUGUUUAACAGAGUAGCACUAAUCAGUAGAAAUGAGGCAAUAUUUCUACAAAUUGUUAUUAGGUGCUAAAUAUGUGUAUGUACUAAGAGCACAUGGAACACAGGGCAUAUUGUUUAUUUCCUGUUUUUAUUUUUCAUUCUUGGCCCCCUAAAUAUAAACAUGUUUCAUCAUAACUUUUAAUUACAUGUAGUUAUGAUCCAGAGGAUUUGAACACCUACGUAUAAAUUUAGUCAACUAUAUUUUAUCCUUGAGCCAUUUUUUUCUUAAAUUCAGAAUGUUAAUUAAUUGUCAUGUCCAUUUUAUGUUGGUUUAAUACGAGAUUUUGUUUUGUGUUUGGUAUUUUGUUAAAAGGACAAGGUAUGGUAACGACCAAUUCUGGCCCCUUAUUGGAUGUAAAAAUCUGAACAUCUUUUUAAUUGAGAUAGCUUGUAGUUAAGAACUUAAAAUGAUGCUUGUAACAGAACCAGCACUACUGGAUAAUUUUGAUAAUGUUCACAUGGAGGCAACAAGAGAGUGCAGAAGUAGAAUAUUUUCCUGAAUUUCCUCAAUUCUGGUGGAAUUUCGUCAUCUUUGAGAUAUUUUUCUCUUUGGGAAACUUAGAGCACAAGCUUGUCUAUCUUAGAUUUUUAUACAUAUAAUGCAUAUGCUAGAAAUGCAAGCUUGUGUUCUACAUUUUCUGAAACAAUUGUGCUGUAAAAUUGAUGAAAAAUGAGAAAAUUUGGAAAUUGACAUAUUUUCUGGCCUCUGUGAUCACUGUGUAUCCAUAAUUUUGAACGAAUACUCACUUUGUGGCAGGGGUGACAACAGGUUUUUAUUUAUAAACUGUUGCAUCAUUCUAAAAGCCACUCAAUAUCAGGGGCCAGAAAGGGGUCUUAGCUUAUCUUGUCCUUUGUCUGAACCUUUAAACUCUGCCUGUGUUAAACUAGGAAAUCCAUUUUUAUGCACAUAAGUGAUUUUGAGAAAAAAAGAAAGUUGACAUGAUCUCAGAUACUCAUUGCCAUGUGAACAGUCCCUGUAGAUAUUAGAAACCAAAUGAUAUUGUAUACCUGAAAUCAUCAUAGGCUGCAUAUGUCAUAUUUGACAUUUUCUUGAAUCAUAAAUACAUAUGUAAUUGACAUAAUUAUGCAUUAGUUUACUCCUAUGUCAAUCAUUUUCAUUGUAAAUUGAAAGCUUAGGAAGUAUAAUUCCAGGUUUGUAUAUACUAAACAGAAACAUUUUACAAAACAUCUUAUUAAGACCAAUAAGGCUUAUGUGCAUUUAUUAAAAUUCCCUUUUAAAUAAUUGUGCAAUAUGUUGUAUCCAAUAAUAUUUUUGUCUUCAAUUCAAGAUUUGAUUUUUUUAUUUAUGCUAUUUAUUUGUGGGUAUAUUUAUUCUUUUGCUAAGACAAAUCAUUUUAUUCUUAUUGAUUUUUUAUUUAGGAUAUGUUGAUAUUCAAUGAAACAAGUAUUAAUUCUGGCCAUGCAAUAUGAAACUUAAAACAUGUACAGCUCAUUUUGUUAAUCUGUUCUUUAAUGAUGCAUUUAAAUAUUACCUUUGUUCCAUACCAAAGUUUUAUUUUUUAAAAAUUUUAUGCUUCAGAAGCUAACUCUCUCCAAAACAGAACAGUAUUUGUAAUUUUCUUCAUUCUUCUUUUCUGAAUCUAAAUUCAAAAGAUAUAACUAAAGAUAAUGAGAGAUGAAAAAGAUAAUGAAAUGCAAUAUGGUAAAGUGACUAUAUAUGUAAGUAUACCCAAGAUAUCAUAGGAUUUGGUUGUCAGAAAAUAUAUUCAUAUGGCCAAGUGGACAUGGGUUACCAUGGGGACAAAAUAAUGUGACUAAAUUGAGUGGGGUUGUCAGGGAUAUAAUCAUGUGACUGAGUGUGCCUGGGUUGUCAGUGGAAAUAAUCAUGUGACUAAGUGUGCUUGGGUUGCCAGGGGAAAUAUUCAUUUAACUAAGUAGCCUGGGUUGUCAGGGAUAUAAUCAUGUGACUAAGAGUGCCUUGGUUGUCAAAAGAAAUAAUCAUGUGACUAAGUGUGACUGGGUUGUCAGGGGAUGUAAUUUGAUGUAUUAUCCAUGUUUCAUUUUAUCAAGAAGAAUAGUCAAUUUAAAAGUAUAUUAUGUAAAUUAUUGCUCAUGUUAAGCCAUGUGAUGCCAUAUGAAACUCUAAUUUUUGUCUGAACUUUUCAUAGUUUUACAAUAUCAUCUCCAUUCCACUUUGUUUAAUAGUGAACUGUACAUUGUUUUAUGUUUUCUAAAUGUUUAUGCCUGAAAAUGACAAAAAACAAUCAAAAAAGCAUUUGUAUCCCUACAUAUUGCAUUAAUGUAUACAGUGAUUGAUUUCGCAUUCAUAUGUCAUUUUUGUAAACACAUUGAAUUAGCGUCUUAUGUAGAUACUUUGUUGUUGCAUUCCAUACAUUUUCUUGAAUUUAUAAUACACAGCAGCUUAUGAAAUGCACGAAUAUACUCUAGCUAACAGAAUGAUAAAGAACUGAAUUUUUUUAUUUUUUUUUUAAUAUUAUUAAAUUGCGGUCUGAUGGCAGAAAUUUUAUUACUUUAUAUCAGUUUGUGUACAAUUAUUGUUAUGAAGCAUUAAAUGAUAAUUUUUAUACUACUUUGUGUCAAAUGUUUAAGUCAAAAUUUGCAGUUCAAUUUUUUUCGUUUGUCAUACAACCUUGUUUGACUGAGGGCAUGUAAUCACAAAGUAUAAUUAUUUAACUUUUAUAAGGAUAUUCUUGCACCAUUUGGUAUUUUAAAAGUUAUUUUUGAUCUUUUUUCUCAAAACAUUCUAUUUGUGGAAGUUUGAACUUCAUCGAUAUAAAUGUCAUUAGUCUAUGACAUCAACUGUGUGAUGUGAAUAUUUAUUUUUUGCAUACACCUGGUGUGUAGGUGUAAAUUUAUUUAUUUAAAGGUGCUGCAACACCACGUAACAAAGUUUUUUCUUAUCCUAAGGUGAAAUUUUCAAUUAUUGUUCAUAUUUUAUUUAGCAUUUAGAGUUUAAAGAUACUCAAAUGAUAGAAAGUUCAAUACUAUGAACUUGUUUGCAGUAUCAAAUGACCUUUCCACCCUCGGAUGUUUUUAAAAAAAAAUUCCUCUAUAAAUUUGAUAAUCUUGAUAGGUUAUCACUUUCCAUGAGAGUAUGGUAUAGUCCUGUAAAUAGCUUCUUAUUAUUUUUAGAUUAUGUUGCAAUAGCAUGAAAUGCUCAAUGAUAUCAGGUAGUAUUUUGAGGGGUGGAAUUAUGCAUUUUAAAAAUAUUUUUUGUGUCUGUUUUUUCAUCAAAAAUCAUAUAGUGCAAUUUUACAAGGUGUAUGUCUACUUUCUCGUAUGUUUUGUUUUUUGUAUGUUAUGCAAUACAUCUUUUUUAUGCUCCUUUUUGAAUCUAACAAAAAUAAUUGAACAUUUGUGAAUUCACAAUGAAGAAGGACCAUUUUUACAGUCAUUCUUUUUCAUUCUUUGAAGUUACUUUAGAAAGAUGGAGAAAACAUAUUUUCCAAUGUACAGAACAUGCAAAGAAUAUUAAUGCAGUGAAAGAAAAUAUUUUACCCAUUCAGAA